AUGGCUGAUCAGGCCAGAGCAGACGGGCACGAGGGGCUGCCGCAGCCACCGCAGAACAUCAAGAUCGCCCGCCGACCUCACCCUGCGCCAGCGCUCGCAAUCGUCCGCGGCAGCAAUCACACCCGUCUCGUCGGCCGGGAUAACGCCGUCGCUCUCCCUCUCGGCGGCCUCCUUCUCCGCAGCCUCCACAAGGCAGCCAACACUCACUAUAAAUCGGCCACCAGCCAUUGCCGAAAACGAAGAUGCAGGCAGCAGCAAGGAGGCCCCGCGUCCGACUCACUCAGCGCUGCGCUCCACGUCGGCUCAUCGCAGGCCGGGCCAGGGGCCUGCGGGGAGUCAGCAGCGGGGAACGGCGCAGCGCCAGGGGCUGUAAGCCGGGUAGGCACGGGGCGGGGCGCGCCGGCGAAGGGGGCGGAAACAUACACCGCCUUCCCUGUGCUGGCGGACCCCAAAACGGCGGUGGAUGUGCCGGCGGCGCCGGCGUCGGGCAUGUACUGGAGCCGGUGCGCGACGUCCGGGUCGCCGCACACGGCGCUGCGAGCACACACAGCGACGCCCGUGGGGUCCAACGUGUUUGUGUUUGGCGGCUGCGACGCGCGCGCCUGCUUCAACGAGCUCUACGUGCUCGAUGCCGACGCCUUCUACUGGUCCGCCCCGCACGUCGUUGGUGACGUCCCCGUGCCCCUGCGCGCCAUGACCGCUACAGCCGUCGGGAAGAAGCUGGUCGUCUUUGGCGGUGGCGAUGGGCCGGCUUACUACAAUGAUGUGUAUGUGUUGGAUACCGUCAAUCUCCGCUGGUCGCGCCCGCGCAUCCUCGGCGACAAGGUGCCCUCCAAGCGCCGGGCGCACACAGCAUGUCUGUAUAAAAAUGGCAUUUACGUCUUUGGGGGCGGGGACGGCGUGCGGGCGCUCAAUGAUAUCUGGCGGCUGGACGUGAGCGACAUGAACAAGAUGUCAUGGAAGCUCAUAUCGGGCCCAUCCUCGGCCGACGGGCGGUCGCCCAUCACCGGAAAGGACCUCCGGCCGAAGGCACGAGGCUACCACACGGCCAACAUGGUCGGCAGCAAGCUGAUUAUCUACGGCGGCUCUGACGGCGGGGAGUGCUUCAACGACGUGUGGGUUUACGAUGUCGAUAUACACACCUGGCGGUCGGUCAACGUGCCCGUCACCCACCGGCGGCUGUCGCACACGGCGACCAUUGUCGGGUCGUACCUCUUCGUGAUCGGCGGCCAUGACGGGAACGAGUACUCCAACGACGUCCUGCUACUAAACCUUGUCACCAUGACCUGGGACAGGCGGAAGGUCUACGGGCUGCCCCCCAGCGGCCGCGGCUACCACGGUACCGUGUUGUACGAUAGCCGUUUGUUGAUGAUUGGCGGCUUUGACGGCAGUGAGGUAUUUGGUGAUGUGUGGUCCCUUGAGCUGGCUGUGCACGCCUACUACUCCCAAAUUAGCCACUUUAAGAUCGAGGUGUGA